CACCUUCAAAGUACUGCUGAAAGUAAAUUGUAACAUUUUGUUGAAAUUUUCAAACAAAUUAACUUGUAUUUAAAAGAAGCUGGCAACCGUAGCUCUCAAACUCUUUGUUGAUGCUUUUUUCUCUAUCUGUCAAAAUCCCGGGUGGUCCAUUGCGUCUCUUCUUGUUAAUUUGUUUUUGAAGCAUUUAUUACCGCGGGUUUAGUUAUUUCUUUAAAAGCUUGCUCAAAAUUAAUAAUAAAUUAAGUUUCUGUUUAAAAUUUCAAUUAGAAUGAUAUUAUAAAAAACAUCAUUGCUGUUAAAUUAACCACCGCCUUUUAUUUUUGUCAAAUAAUUACAAAUAACAGGGAGCUUAAUCUAUGUUGUGCUAUGGCCAAUUGGAUUAUUUCGCCAGUUUUCUUAUACACUUUAAUAUGCAUUUGUUUUCAACUGCCUGGCUCGCUGUGCGAUGUGUCUUCUCGCAGUGGUAAUACACUCACGGCCGCAUACACCCCCACCACGUUGACUAUUCAAACUGAUUUAGAACCCAUAAAUGGCACAAUAAAUUACAGAAUUAAUGGUAAAAAAAAUCGUGACAAUAAGCCUUGGUUUGACGGGCGUGGCCUGGAUAUGCAACACACUCAAUGCGUGCGUCACGGACGUUGUGAGAAGCUUAUAAAUAGCACAUGCUUAGGUACAAAAAUACCCUAUAUUUUAACAAGCUUAGAUCUCACUGACUAUCAAAGUCAGGAGCAGAUGUUGAAGCAUAUAGGUUUUUAUCGUGCACUUAGAAAUGUACCCAAAUGUUGGGCUGUUAUUCAGCCUUUUCUGUGCUCCGUUUUUAUGCCCAAAUGCGAGCAGAUCAAUGGCAAGGAUAUGGUUUAUUUACCAUCAGUGGAAAUGUGUCGUAAAACAUUAGAGCCGUGUCGUCUGCUUUAUAACACAUCUUAUUUUCCAGAGUUUCUACGCUGCAACGAAACUUUAUUUCCACCUAAGUGCACUAAUGAUGUACAAGAAAUGAAAUUCAAUGGCACGGGUAGUUGUAUGGCACCGUUAGUCCCGGUGGACUCUAGCAGUAGCUACUACCCUGGUAUUGAAGGAUGUGGGCUACAAUGUAAAGAUCCUUUGUAUACAGAUGAUGAGCACAGACAAAUACAUAAGUUAAUUUACUGGCUUUGUUUGAUUUGCGUCUUAUCUAACUUGUUUGUGGUGACGACCUUUUUCGUGGACUGGGAAAACGCUAAUAAAUACCCAGCAUUGAUUGUAUUCUAUAUAAAUUUAUGUUUUAUGAUCUCUUGUUUGGGUUGGCUUGCGCAAUUCACACCGGGAUCACGUGAUGAUAUAACAUGUCGCAAAGAUGGAACUCUAAGACACUCAGAGCCCACAGCAGGAGAAAAUCUCUCUUGUAUAGUCGUUUUUGUACUGGUCUACUAUUUUCUAAUUGCAGCUAUGGUUUGGUUUGUAUUCCUCACAUAUACUUGGCAUCUACGUGCUGUGGGCAACGUACAGGAUCGUAUUGAUAAAAAAGGUUCCUAUUUUCAUUUGGUUGCAUGGUCAUUACCACUUGUGCUUACAAUAACUACAAUGGCUUUGAGUGAAGUCGAUGGUAAUAGUACGGUUGGAAUAUGUUUUGUUGGUUACUUAAAUCAUCCCAUGCGUGCUGGCCUAUUACUAGGCCCAUUAUGUGGCGUAAUAUUGAUAGGUGGCUACUUUGUUACACGCGGUAUGAUAAUGCUAUUUGGUUUGAAACAUUUUGCCAACGAUAUUAAAUCAACAUCGGCAAGCAAUAAGAUACAUCUGAUCAUUGUGAGAAUGGGAGUGUGCGCAGUAUUUACACUCAUCUUCAUUUUGGCAAGCAUUGUAUGUCACAUAAACGAGUUUAAGCACUCGCAGUUAUGGGCCGAAAGCUUGAAGCAAUACAUCAUUUGCCGCAUUUCAACAGACGAACAGUGCAGAAUUGAAAAUCGUCCUAGCAUUGCACUAUUGCAACUACAUUUAAUAUGCCUGUUUGGUUCAGGCAUUGUAAUGUCUACCUGGUGCUGGACGCCAUCUUCGCUUGACACUUGGAAACGUUACUUAAGAAAAAAAUGUGGAAAUGAUGUAGCAGAAGAAGUUAAAAUGCCAAAGCAUAAAAUUAUUGCCCAAACUUGGGCCAAACGAAAGGAGUUUGAGGAUAAGGGGAGGCUCUCUAUAACCCUAUAUAAUGCACAUACCGAUCCUGUUGGUUUAAAUAUUGAUGUUAAUGACUUGAAUUACUCCGAAACAAAUGAAAUCAGUUCGACGUGGGCGAACUAUUUACCACAAUUUGUGAAACGCCGCAUGGCACUCACCGGUGCAGGCACCACACAUUCAUCCAGUCAAGGACCGCGUAAAAAUUCCGUAGACUCGGAAAUCAGUUUUAGCGUACGCCAUGUUUCCGUAGAAUCACGACGCAAUUCUGUUGAUUCUCAGGUUUCGGUAAAAAUUGCUGAAAUGAAAACAAAAGUAGCCUCGCGCAGCCGCAAUGGUCAUCACCACCAUCAUCAUAGUAGUAAGCAUGCAACUGCCACGAAUAAACGUUCACAUAAGCGACGCGAUUUUAUUUCAUCUGCUACCACCGGACGAAAAUAUAGCGGACGCCGUGAAAGCAGUACUUCCAUAGAAUCUCAAGUUAUUGCUUUGAAAAAGACAAGCUAUCCCAACAUAAGUCACAAAGUCGGCUUAAUCGCACAACAUAGUACAAAGAAGCAUAAUGCACAUGGCGGUAAAAUAAUGAAGCGACGCAGCGCUAAUUUUGGUUUGGAUCCCGCCGAUAUCAGUGAGUUUUUAGCUAAAAACGGCCAAUUGAUAAUGCCACUCCUAAGGCAGCAAGAACUGAGUAGUUCCUCCGAUGAGGAAAAUUCGCAUGCAUCAUUCAAAAUACAGGAUUCUCGCUUGGAUGUGGUAUUAAAGCACGAUCUCAGUGACGAUACUAACGAUGAUGACGAGAACACAGCAUGUCUACCCAGCAGUGGUCCACGUAUCGAAGAAAUACGCACAGAUACACACGAGCGGAAUGUUAAGAAACAAAUCGCUUUAGAAAACCUUUUUAAAAAUAUGCAAACAUCAAAUGAAUCUACCACAAAAAGAAAUUCGCGCAAUUCCACACGCAGCAGACACUCACGCAAAUCAUACGCUACCAGCACGGCCGCCGCUGCACCAUCAGCUACCGCAGCGAUUGUGAAUGGCAACAGUCAUCGUUCACAGCGCAGUAGAAAACAAAACUCGAUACGUUCUAAUAAUGUUACAGUUGGCGUACUACACAACGCCAGUAACGAUGAGGAAGAUAUGCUAAAUAUAUCAGAUAUAAAUUUGCAUUUAGCACGUGAUCUCAACGUUGGUGGCAUCACGGAUGCUGGUGAUUCUAUCACAUCUUCAUGUACAUCCUUAGAACUAGAGCUACCACUGGGUUUGAUGUUGCACAGCUCUUAUUCGGGUCUCUCUAUGGGCAAGCCGAAUUCCCGUAGCAGCAAAACGAGUUGUGAUGUGGGCAUACAAGCGAAUGCUUUCGAUAUAGCAACGCACAAUUUGGCACCCUAUGAUGAGGACGAAGUUAAGCUAACAAUGCGACAAUUGAAUGGUAAAAGUGUGCAUCAGAAAAGUGACUACGCUGAGAACGUGCUGGAAGCUACCGAAAUGCACACUUUGCUGCAUAACAACAUCAGGCACAAAGAAGCAACGUUAUUAAGUGAAUCAGAAAAAUUAAAAAUGCUAUUGUUGCCUUCGAAGUAAAUAUUGUUUAUUUGCAAUCGUUUUAAGAAAGAAGUAAGGGAAUGUACACAAAAAAAAAUCACAAAUAUCACAGAGGUGAUAGUAAUUAUUAGGAAACUCGCAUGUACUAAUGACAACGAAAGAUUAGCGUACUUCAGUAAAGUAUACAUAUGAAAGGGUUGUUAACAUUAGGUUCAAAGUAUGUAAUUGAAACAGAAAAGCAUUGUUGUAAUAUUAUAUUGUAUAUAAUUAUGCACAAUGAAAACGACUGUUGACACGUUUUUACAUAAUAAGUAAGGGAACAACUUAUACUAAAAGCUUUUUAAUUUUUUUUUUUCUAUUUUUCCUAUAAUUGUAUUUACCUUUCAAACUUUAAAACGCAUUUAUUUAAUGCUGCAUGUUUUUAACUGAAAAUACUCAUUUUUAAUUCGAAAAAAUCGAAUGUUGCAUUUAGAUGAGCACAAUGAUUAAGCCCUGUACUGACUUACAUUUAAUUAUACAUAUAGUAAGACAAAAUUAUUUUUUAUUUUUAUAUACAUAUAUAAAUAAUUGUUUUGUAAUACAGAAAAAUAUAAAAGUAUGAUAUUUCGAAUAAAAACAUUAAGUUAGUGCCUUAAGAGUUUUUGAAAAUUUUUA